AUGGAACUGACUGUUCGAUUGUUCGCGCUUUACCGGGAACGAGCCGGCACCAAGGUGUUCUCGCUGGAACUGCCUGGCGGCGCCACCGUUUCCGACCUGACGGAUGCGGUGCGCCUGCGGUACCCGCGUCUGGCUCCGCCGGACGUCAAGAUCGUGGUGGCGGUGAACUCGGAUUACGCCGAGCCCGAGGACUUGCUGAAACCCGGAGACGACGUCUGCCUGAUACCGCCGGUGAGCGGCGGCUAA